AUGACUGAUGGAGAAGACGAUUACCUCCAUAUCGCCUUUAUAAAGCCCGAGCCUAAAGCCUUAACUGUAACCGCAAAAGGAGUUUAUGUCAUAAUCCUCGUCAUAGGUUCGAUUAGUCAUAAACAAAGAAUCUUGUCAUCAAAAAUUUUCUUAAAUGUUUCGCGAAAUUUCUGCUCAUCAAUAUCCAUGGGUCGAUUUUUAUGAAAUUUUGCACAUACAUUGUCAAUUCCAGAGAGUUGUCCGUCUUCCCAAGCACGUCAAGAUGGAGGAGAUCAAGUGCGAAUUGGAUGAACAGGGCAAGUUGAGUGUCAACGUCCCGAAAGUGGCUGCCAUCGAGGAGAAGAAGAGCACCAAUAUCCCCAUCCAGACGAAGAAACAGGAUGCUGUGGAGGGCGGAAAAGCCAAGUAA